UCAGGGAUUCAACAUUCUUAUACCGGUCAUUGAUCGAAUACGAUUUGUUCAAAGCCUUCGAGAAAUCGCUAUAGAAAUCCCUCAACAAGGUGCGAUUACUUUGGACAAUGUGCAGUUGCAACUGGAUGGAGUGCUAUACUUGCGAGUUAUCAAUCCUUACAAAGUAAGGCUUCUUACGGCGUCGAAGAUCCCGAGUUUGCCGUCACUCAAUUGGCUCAAACGACCAUGA